AUGGCAAGAUCGAGGAGGGGCGGAGCUUCUGGAGGAUCCCGACCCGAGUACUGCAGUGGAAGAGUCGGCUUGCUGGUUCGGGUGCUGCUGUUGUCCUGCACCGCCGUGCUGGUCUGCUUGGCAGCCACAUCCGGACCGCCAGAGGCCAAGCCAUCUUUGAGCUUGGCGCUGGCCGACGACCUUCCAGUCACGCUCAGCAAGGGCAGUUUGCCCGGCCCGCCAAGCACUGAAGCGACCACCCCGGCGGCGACCACUUUGCCUACAACAAGCAUCGGUGCCGCCACAGCAAACAGAGACCUGGGGAAUGGCCUGCGUCAUCACGAAGAUGCCGGCGGCGAGCCGGCAAUCAUCCGCUACACGCUGCCGGCACGGCAGACAUCCUUGGACAUUGACCUGGUCGUGGCCGCCUUCUCAGAAAACCUGAGUUGGGUCGAGCCUAUGCUGGCACGUGUCUCCCCGGGUGCCGAGCUGCGACUGUAUUGCAAAGGCCCCAAGCUCAAUGACCCGCGCUGCUUGCGCAUCGACAAUUACGGUGGCGAGGAGUACGCAUACCUCACCCACAUCACUCACUUCUACGACGAGCUCGCGCCGAUCACGGUCUUUACCCUAGGCAGCAUCUACAACGAAGACUGGUAUUGGCUCAAGUGUCGGAAGCUGAACUUCGUUCUGAGCCAAAUCGACACUCCAGAAAAGCGCCAGGGCUUCUCCGGCUUUGUGACGAUGGCACACCAAGCGCCGGACAGUUUCAUGGAGUUUGAGGGCUACUUCCAACUGAAGUCCUACCGGAACCAUGCCGGUGGACAGAAUACUGCCGCCUGCCGUGCGAGCAUCACGCCCCUGGACAAGUGGUUCGAGCGUUUCAUCCCAGUGAACCUCACCAUCGCUCGGCACACUGGCGUCCUCUACAACCCCAUCUUCGCCGUCUCGCGCGAGAAGAUCCGCCAGUAUCCGAAGUCCAUGUACGAGACUCUGCUGAAAGAAAUCCUUCGUUGCACCGCCAAGGAGCACGAAGGCGUUGCAGAGGUUCGAAACCUAUCGACCUUUGGCGAUCAAGUGUUCUGGCCACUUCGGACAGCAGAAGGGCGAUCCAUUCUGCUGCAACCAGACUGGGACGAUUGGCCUUCCCUGGACGAUCUGCAAAGAGGGCCGGCCUACUUGCUCGGGCUUGGUCGAUGGUUCUGGCUGGGGCACGUGCAUCCCACCUGA